AUGUCCAAGACCUUCUCCACAAGCGACGUCGCGUCGCACAACAAGCCCGACGACCUGUACAUCAUUGUCGACGGCGACGUCUACGACCUGACCAAGUUCCAGGAUGACCACCCCGGCGGCAAGAAGAUCAUCCAGCGCGUGGCCGGCAAGGAUGCUUCGAAGCAGUUCUGGAAGUACCACAACGAGGGCAUCCUGAAGAAGUACCAGGCCAAGCUGCAGGUCGGCUCCCUCGACUCCAAGCCCAAGCCCGUCGAGCCCGCCCCCGUCGCCGCUGCGCCCCAGCCCACCAAGGCCGUUGUCAAGAAGGCCGCGCAGGAGGCUGCGCCGGUCGACGAGUCGGAGCCCUUCGACCCCUACGGCAGCCUCAUCCCCUUUGCCGACCCCAGUUGGUACCAGUCUUUCCACUCUCCCUACUACAACGAGACGCACGUCGCGCUGCGCAACGAGGUGCGCAAGUGGGUGGACGAGGAGAUUGAGCCCUUCGUCAGCGAGUGGGACGAGGCCAAGCUCGUCGACCCCAAGAUCUACAAGGCCAUGGGCCAGCGCGGCUACCUCGCCGGCCUCCUCGGCAUGCACUACCAGACCCAGUACAGCCCGAAGACGGUCGACGCCGUGCCGCCUGAGAAGUGGGAUCUGUUCCACGAGCUCAUCCUGACCGACGAGCUGUCGCGCCCCGGCUCUGGUGGCUUCGUCUGGAACAUCAUCGGCGGCUUCGGCAUUGGCUGCCCGCCGCUGGUCAAGUUCGGACAAAAGGCUCUCGUGGACCGCAUCCUGCCCGGCAUCCUCGCCGGUGACGAGCGCAUCUGCCUGGCCAUCACGGAACCCGACGCCGGCUCUGACGUUGCCAACCUCUCGUGCGAGGCCAAGCUGACGGAAGAUGGCAAGCACUUUAUCGUGAACGGCGAGAAGAAGUGGAUCACCAACGGAAAGUGGGCCCGCUAUUUCACUACCGCGGUACGUACCGGCGAGCCCGGUAUGAACGGCGUCAGCUUGCUGCUCAUCGAGCGUGACUUUCCCGGCGUCACGACGCGUCAGAUGGACUGCCAGGGCGUGUGGUCGAGCGGCACGACGUACAUCACGUUCGAGGACGUCAAGGUGCCGGUCGAGAACCUGCUGGGCAAGAAGGACAGGGGCUUCCGAGCCAUCAUGACCAACUUCAACCAUGAGCGCAUCGGCAUCAUUAUCCAGUGCCUGCGCUUCUCUCGCGUCUGCUACUCCGAGUCGGUCUCGUACGCCUCGAAGCGUCGCACCUUUGGCAAGAAGCUCAUCGAGCACCCCGUCAUCCGCCUCAAGCUCGCCCACAUGGCGCGCCAGAUCGAGGCGUCGUACAACUGGCUCGAGAACCUCAUGUUCCAGUGCCAGAAGAUGGGGGAGACGGAGGCCAUGCUCAAGCUCGGUGGUGCCAUUGCCGGCCUCAAGGCUCAGUCCACCGUCACCUUUGAGUUCUGCGCCCGCGAGGCGAGCCAGAUCUUUGGCGGCCUCAGCUACUCCCGUGGCGGACAGGGAGGCAAGGUCGAGAGGCUCUACAGGGAUGUGCGUGCGUAUGCCAUCCCCGGCGGUAGCGAGGAGAUCAUGCUCGACCUGAGCAUCAGGCAGAGCAUGCGCGUCAACAAGGCGUUGGGAAUGAAGCUGUAG